GCUGGAUAUCCCUUCACUGGUAGCCUGGUAACAUACACUCCCAGGUCUUUCUCUGCCUCUGUGGUGGAUAGUGGAGUGUUUCCCAUGUGGAAUUGGUGUGCUGGAUAUCCCUUCACUGGUAGCCUGGUAACAUACACUCCCAGGUCUUUCUCUGCCUCUGUGGUGGAUAGUGGAGUGUUUCCCAUGUGGUAUUGGUGUGCUGGAUAUCCCUUCACUGGUAGCCUGGUAACAUACACUCCCAGGUCUUUCUCUGCCUCUGUGGUGGAUAGUGGAGUGUUUCCCAUGUGGUAUUGGUGUACUGGAUAUCCCUUCACUGGUAGCCUGGUAACAUACACUCCCAGGUCUUUCUCUGCCUCUGUGGUGGAUAGCGGAGUGUUUCCCAUGUGGUAUUGGUGUGCUGGAUAUCCCUUCACUGGUAGCCUGGUAACAUACACUCCCAGGUCUUUCUCUGCCUCUGUGGUGGAUAGUGGAGUGUUUCCCAUGUGGUAUUGGUGUGCUGGAUAUCCCUUCACUGGUAGCCUGGUAACAUACACUCCCAGGUCUUUCUCUGCCUCUGUGGUGGAUAGUGGAGUGUUUCCCAUGUGGUAUUGGUGUGCUGGAUAUCCCUUUACUGGUAGCCUGGUAACAUACACUCCCAGGUCUUUCUCUGCCUCUGUGGUGGAUAGUGGAGUGUUUCCCAUGUGGUAUUGGUGUGCUGGAUAUCCCUUUACUGGUAGCCUGGUAACAUACACUCCCAGGUCUUUCUCUGCCUCAGUGGUGGAUAGUGGAGUGUUUCCCAUGUGGUAUUGGUGUGCUGGAUAUCCCUUCACUGGUAGCCUGGUAACAUACACUCCCAGGUCUUUCUCUGCCUCUGUGGUGGAUAGUGGAGUGUUUCCCAUGUGGUAUUGGUGUGCUGGAUUUCCCCUCCCAAGGUACAUGACUUUACAUUUUUCUUCAUUGAAUUGUAGCAGCCACUUUUUGUUCCAGUCCUGUAGCUUGGUGAUGUCUUCUUGUAGGAAAUCCGCAGUCAAGGGGUUAAGUAAUAUGUUCUUCUGUAACCAAUGA